AUGAGCAAGAGUAACAACAACAACAACAACAACAACAACAACAACAACACCAACACCAACAGCAAUGACAACAACACCAACAAUGACAAUGACAACAAAAAGUUCAAGUGCAUACAUGUCACACUGAAUGGUAGACUUGAAAAGUGUGAGGUAAACUUCUCAAAGGGUAGCUCUUUGAAGAGACAUGAGGAGGGCAUUCAUAGACCUGGCACAUGUUUAGUUGAUUGUCCAGGUUGCAAGAGUAGAGAACGAAAGAUGAAGGAAAAGAAGAAGAAGGAUCGUCUGAAGAUACCCUGUCCUCAUCAGUCAUGCAUGGACAUUGGUGCCAAGUUUGAGUGUACCAACCUUUCCAAACAUAUCAAGAAGCUCGAUCUACAUCAAUGUGGUCCCGACACAUGCAACGAGUGUGCAAGGAUCAGAGACAACUUGCCAAUUGUGAGGGAGAGGAAGGGUAGGAGUAAGAGUAAGAGUAAGACAAAGAAGAAGAAGAAGAAGAAGAGAAAGAAUGUCAGUGUCGACGAUCAUGGGGACGCAGCAGCCAGUGUCAUGGAUGUGGCUGGCACGACCACCAGUGCGACGAAUCAAUCAGGUAAUUCCACACCGUUUCAAUCAACGCCAUCAAUUAUUCCAGACCUGGUCGUCUCGCCACCAGUCGCCAUCAAGAAGUCCAGAUCAUCAAAUGGAGCAAUUAUUACCAAGAUUGAAGAAGAUACAGAUGACCAGAUACCCAAAGACUUAUAUAUUCCAUCAAUUAUAUCGAUCUCAUCCACAACCCAGCGACCAGAUUGUCGGUGUCUACUCAAGUCCCUUGAAUCCGACAAUGACCUAGCACCUCAACACGAGACCAAGGAACAUCAUCCCUUUUAUCAACAUUCAAUCUUCUGUUUAUAUCAUCAAAGUCAACGAAUAAAUGUAUGA